AUGCAUGAAAUCAUUGUGGACCCAAAUUUUAAACUUCAGACACACCAACCGCAAUCCGCCCUAGAGGAAAGAGUUAAAUCGAUUGCCACCCAAGCCUUCUUUGACAAAUUGGCAGAAGACAUUCGAUCGGGAAAUGCCGAGCAAUCCAUAGCAUCUAUUAUGGAAGACGUUCGAAAAUCUCUUUUGGAUCUUGCAAAGUCGAGUACCACACUAUACAAGCAGCUGGAUGAUAUGAUGGACAUGGAUCUGAUACGUCAGAAUUUAAGCAAGGGCACGUUUGACUUGGACAUGAUGCUGAAGGACAUUGUACAAGUUAUGCUACGGAUUUGUGCGCCAGUCAGAGACGAGACUAUUCAAAAUAUAUCUACAAUGGACGAUCCUGUGCAGCAACUGCGAGCAAUCUUGGCUGUAUUAGACGAAAUGACCCUUGAUCUUAUCAACUUUCGAAUACGCAUGUUGAGACCUCAUCUGACACCCAUGGCUGUAGAAUACGAACGGUCCGACUUUGCAGAAGCUUUGGCACAAGGGAAAACGGGAUUGGCCAAAACAAGGGCAUGGAUUCGCAAUACGAAACAACGUCUUGACGAAACAGCUGUUGAACGUAACAAAAAGGAUCGGGAUCUAUCUGUAACGGCUGUUUUCGAGGAAGCAUUGGUAUCAUUCAUCACAUCAGCCGAGCCACUCUCUCCCAUGACAUGCCCCGAAACCCUCCUGCUGGACAUUCAUCGGUUGAGCCAAUGUCAAAACGAAAUCCAAGCGACGAGUAUGGUGGCAUCAUUACUGUUAUUGGCACGCAAUUUCAAAGUGCCGAAUCAUGCGUUCGAUAGUAUGGCGAAACGGUUCUUUGUACUGUUGAAAGAUCACACAACUCACAUUGACCAUCUCUCGGGAGAGAUUGAAAAACAUGCCGACAUUGAUGCUGCACAUCUUCCCUUGAUCCGUUCCAUGGUAGACAAGACUUUAUCACACGAUGAUGCAGUUUAUGCCCUGCUAACACGGCGUAUUGGGACCGUUGUUCGUUCGUCCAUCAGCAACGGCCAAUUUGUCGACAGUGCUACCCUGGCGACCCACGGCCUUGAGCACGUGCGUCGACCACUUCGAGAAUUAUGUCAACGACUGAUUCCACUGGCUCGACAUAACUUUCAAGUAUAUCUACCAUGGUACAAGGAGAUCAUCAUGGAAUAA